GUUCGUUCGUUUAUGCGUGCAUGCGUGCAGGCACGUUGUCGCUACCAACGUGGCCGGGCUGAGUCGGAUGCCACAGGAAUCUAGCCCAAUGAGCAGUAUGGGUGUCUUGGGCGUAAUCCUUGAAGAGCCACCUGUUAUGGAGAGUAGCAAAAACAAGCCAGUGUUCUACUUAGACGGAGGCGUACGAAAAGGCUCAAUGUCAUCACAAGAGGACAGCACUGGCAGCACGCCAACUCCAUCCUACGUCGCCGAUCCAGGCGGCUCGCUCGCGUUUGACUUCCAGAAGUGCAGCACGGACAGUGGCGCCACCUCGCCGCCGGCGGCCAACAACAAGUACCUCGUGCCCGACAGACUACCAAACUGCUUUAGCGACGAUCGGCUGACCGAAUCGGGAAGUCCCACCGAAAACUCGCUGCACGUCAGCUUCAGCUAUAACGCGCUGUCGCCAUCAUCGGGAGCGACGGCAUCGUCUUCGUCGGCGUCGUCGUCGUCGGUGGACAAGGCGAAGCACGCCGGCAAGCUGCGGAGGCUGCUGCGCAGGAGCCACAGCGCCGGAUGCGGAAAGGACGUGCCGUCGCACGCUCUGUUCCUGCGGGAACACAAGGAGAAGCAGGGUUUGCAUAAGAAGCUGUCUAUGCCGGCAGCAGCCAUCCCUCAGGAGGAGUCGGAAGACGAAGAGCGAGCUAGCACGAAAAAGAAAAAAAGCCUUGCGAAGGAUGUUAAGGAGAAGCUGGGAUUCCUGCGGCGGCGUCACACCGACUCCGCUCUACAUGGAGACACCGUACGAGAGAUGCGGGAGAGAGAAUCCUCCUCUUCUUCCUCCUCCGCCCGACCUUCCCGACAGGUGGCGCUGGGAUGGGGCGAGGAUCUGGACAACCUGCUGCACGAUAAGUACGGAUUGUCUCUGUUUCGGGUAUUCUUGAGGUCAGAGUUCAGCGAGGAGAACCUAGAAUUCUGGAUAGCCUGUGAGGAGUACAAGAAGACAAAGGCGGUGAAGCUCGCUCCCAAGGCUAAGAAGAUAUUCGCAGACUUUGUUGCGAUACAAGCACCAAAGGAGGUUAACCUCGACUCGAUCACCAGGGCAGCAACGGUGAGCAAUCUGGCAAACCCGAAUCGGCAUGCGUUUGACCAGGCCCAGAAGCGGAUAGUCGGGCUCAUGGAAAAGGACUCCUACGGGCGUUUUCUUCAGUCUGAACUCUAUCUGGAACUAGUGAGAGGCGGGUCGGCGUCGUGAGGCAGCACUGCCAUGAUGUCCCGCGGGGGAUGUCGGAUUCCAUCUACUCGCCCCCACGAUCCUCAUUCAACCGGUGUCAUCACACGUUCGCUCAUUGGAGAUGAGAAUAUACGUCAUUAUCCUAACAAAGUUAUCGCCAUUGAUUUGAUCGAAAUAGUGAAAUCGACACAAAAUGGCGUCUGCUUUCCCCUGACGUCAACCAGCAUAUGACUGCUGAACGGAUUGCCCGUUUCAUGGAAGAGCCCGGCGAUAAAGUGAAUUUCCAUCUAGUCGCGCAUAUCUCCAUAUAAAUAUGUAUACGCCAAUCUACAUGUGGGUUAUAUUCACACUCAUCAUUAUUAUGUAUACGAGAUGGGUACCCAUAUGGGUGCAGAUGAUAUUGGUCCUCGGUUAAGCUAAUAAAUCGGCUGUCAUUCUUGAUGUAAUCGUAGUAAAACUAUUCGCAAUGUUUUAUAAAUUUAUUGAAGUUUACAGCAUCCGACAGCACUAUAACCACUGACAAGCCCCGCGUGUGCUCAGUCUUAAUACCGCGGAAACACACAAGAGUUAUUUCUGUAGAAUGCGUGCCGGCUAAAUUAGUGUGCUCCUCGCGGUCGAUCAUUGAACUACACGUGUUGCCCAGUCGGCCGAUUGUUGCAUUCAAAUAAUUAUGGCUAGUCUUAUAGAUUUCCUGUUGACAGUGUGUGCACAUACGUGCCAUACGCUAUUCACUACGUCUAAUACAGUGACUCUAAUGUUGCCAUCGACUGUCAAAUCACUCUGAACCUACGUGAUGAAAUCAGCUUUAGUUAAUACUGACGCUAUUAGUGAAAAAUUGAAUACGAGCACAAAGUAAGCGCGUACGGAUAUAGCGUCGAUUCUGAAGAGCGCGUAGCAAAGACUAGCAUUAAAGUGCUCACUCUAUGUAUGCGUCCGGACAUGGGCGAGAGGGAUGUGAGAGGAAAUGGAAUGAAGAGUGAGCGAGUGUGAGCAAUGCAGAGCGAUAUCGACCGAAAGGAGCGAGAAAUAAAAGGAAAUGUGAGACAGUAAUAACGAAGUGCUGAUGAGCCGCACUAGGUGGACUUCCGGUGUUGUACUAGCUUGUGUAAACGGCUGUAAACGUUACAUAUGCAAGACUCUGUAAAUAUUACAAGACCUUCUCGUGGUGUAGCUGUACAACCCAGUGUAAUUAUAUUCAUUCAUAAUUGUGUAUAUACGUAAUACGCACUAUGUUUAUACUCUAAUGAUAACUAGUAUAACCUUGUGCUCUAAUUAUAUUUGUAUUUCUGCCUUGAUUAGUAAUGUUGUCUCGGUAUUAAGUCGACGCGUGGUCAGCUAGGGUUUUAUAUUAUAUAUCAAUAACAGUGUGUUUCAUAAAUAUGUCACAUGUACCAGCAAAGUGACUAGCAGAUUUAUCAUGUUCUCAGCAAUAAUAGCAGUUCCAUGUAGACCGCUUAUAUAGUCGCACGCGUAGUUAUCGGUUUACACCAGCUGUUGUUGAUGGUGGUCAGCAACAAUAUGCAAUUAAAUUUCUCUCACUGCGUGGAAGCGAUAUUAUUGGUCUCGCAUACAUACAUGUACCUGCUUUCUUGCCGGACCGCCUGUCGCGAAUAUAUGCAGUUCCGUCAUCAUAGCAGUCAGCACUGCCCACGCGCUAGCCGGGACGUCGCGCGAAGCGCCUGAAAAUCACACCGAAGGUGCGCGCUUUUAAAGGGGAUGUGUUUCACGUCGAGCUACUGAGAUUCUUCUAGUAGUUUCGGAAGCUGGUUAUUAUUUCCUUCGCGCCGCGUGACGCGUGAAUAUUAGAAAUCUUGCCCAUCAUCGUUUGGACACCGAGCGUGUUUUCGGAGUCUGCGUACUAUUCCAAUAACUCAUAUUCGCACCAAUGCAUCGUUAUGAUAAGCGGUCUCCAUGGAAACUUGGAAUAUAAAUAACGUAUAGAAUAGUCUAGAUCGUAUCACGGGACUGUUCGGAAUGCGCGCAUGGUUGUUGCUGCUUAUACGCAUCCAUGUUCGACGUUGUACGAACUUAAGCACGAGCUUACCGAAUUAUACGACGAAUAUAAUUGACUGACGAUGGUGCAUAGGCCAUGCAUUCUAUCAUUCAUUCUGCUGCAUCACAAUAUCAAGAAAAGUCGAUAUAGUAGGUUUAUGAACAAAAACACCAUAUGUAAUCAUUAAUGUGGGAGUUUAAUUUGCAAUCUUGGAUUGCAUAUAUGCAUAAACUAUUAUUAUGGAAGUAUAGCGACGACAUGUGCACAAAUUUGCGCUAUGUAUGAAGGAAGGUAAAGGUCUUUCUAGCAAAAUAGACUCUGUGUACGUGAUACUGCAGGAAAACCUAUAAAGGGGAAUUCGUCUAUUUAAUAAUUACUGUCAUGUGUGAACAUCCAUCUAUCAAAGUUUCGUUUAUGUAGUAUGUUAAACAGACUCGGCAUCUACAAAUUGAUAUAAUGAUAUUUUCGAUGUGAGGUGUAAGUAUGUGGGCAUGUGUCUAAGCGUGUGUGUAUGAUUGUAUGAGGGCGUACGUGCGUGCGUGCGUGCGUGCGUGCGUGCGUGUGACACUAGAGUUAUUAUUGGGCCGACACAAAUAAAUUCUCCUUAUCAUUGCUGGUCGUGGAUAUGUAAAUAUAUGAAUAAUAGAAGGAAAUAUUGUUAACAUGA